AUGCUAUGGAAUACAAUAUAUCACCGUGGUCAUCGUUAUGAUGUUCGUGCUGCCGAUCGAGAGGCUGUUCAGGUGGAACAGAAGCUUAUGCAAUCUGACGGUGAAGCUACUGUUGCUAGUUUAACUGAUGGUACCAUUCGUCAACAAAACUUCAAUGUAACAAAAAUUCCAUCAAAGCAAAAAGCAAAAAGAGCAAAGAUUUCCUCCAACUAA